GCGGGGCCUGGCGCCGAGAGAGGGAAUUAGUGUGAUCGGGGCGAGUGGAAGCCACUGCGGUCCGGUCCUGGGACCUCGUCGCGCUGGAGCCUUCAGCAAUUGUUAAUGAGGGCAUAGUAUGUGCUGACACUGUGCUGGAUGUUGGGGAUGCAGAGCUCCACUGGGGCCAUGUCAGAGCGAGAAGAGCGGCGGUUUGUGGAGAUUCCGCGGGAGUCAGUCCGGCUCAUGGCUGAGAGCACAGGGCUGGAGCUGAGUGAUGAGGUGGCUGCUCUGCUUGCUGAGGAUGUGUGCUACCGUCUCAGAGAGGCCACACAGAAUAGUUCUCAGUUCAUGAAGCAUACCAAACGGCGGAAGCUCACAGUGGAGGACUUCAACAGGGCACUCAGGUGGAGCAGUGUGGAGGCUGUGUGUGGUUAUGGGUCUCAGGAAGCACUGCCCUUGCGCCCAGUCAGAGAGGGUGAGCUUUACUUUCCUGAGGACCGAGAAGUGAACCUCGUGGAGCUGGCACUGGCCACCAACAUUCCCAAAGGCUGUGCAGAGACAGCUGUCAGAGUUCAUGUCUCCUAUCUAGAUGGCAAAGGGAACCUGGCACCUCAAGGAUCAGUGCCCAGUGCUGUAUCUUCUCUGACAGAUGACCUGCUUAAAUACUAUCAGCAAGUGACAAGGGCUGUGCUAGGGGAUGAUCCACAGUUGAUGAAGGUUGCUCUCCAGGACUUGCAGACUAAUUCCAAGAUUGCAGCACUCCUGCCUUACUUUGUUUAUGUGGUCAGUGGGGUAAAAUCUGUAAGCCAUGACUUGGAGCAGCUUCAUCGGCUACUGCAGGUGGCUCGGAGCCUGGUUCGGAACCCACACCUCUGCUUAGGGCCCUAUGUCCGCUCCCUGGUGGGCAGUGUUCUCUACUGUGUCCUGGAGCCAUUGGCUGCCUCCAUCAACCCACUGAAUGACCACUGGACUCUGCGGGAUGGGGCUGCUCUCCUACUCAGCCACAUCUUCUGGACUCAUGGGGACCUCGUAAGUGGCCUCUAUCAGCAGAUCCUGCUAUCCCUGCAGAAGGUUCUGGCAGAUCCUGUUCGACCUCUCUGCUCUCACUAUGGAGCUGUGGUAGGGUUGCAUGCUCUAGGCUGGAAGGCAGUAGAACGAGUCCUGUACCCACAUUUGUCCACUUACUGGACUAACUUGCAGGCUGUGCUGGAUGAUUAUUCGGUAUCUAAUGCCCAGGUCAAGGCAGAUGGGCACAAAGUCUAUGGAGCUAUUCUGGUGGCCGUGGAGCGACUGCUGAAGAUGAAGGCCCAGGCAGCGGAGCCUAAUCGCGGUGGCCUAGGCGGCCGGGAACGCGGCCGUCCGGAGGACCUGCCUUGGGACAGCCUUCUCUUGCAAGAAUCUCCUUCGGGGGGCGGCUCGGAACCAGGCUUUGGGCCUGGUGUGCCGCUGCCGCCAGGGGGCGCGGGGCCCGAGGACCCUUCUUCUGUGACCCUGGCGGAUAUCUACCGGGAGCUCUAUGCUUUCUUCGGUGACAGCUUGGCCACCCGCUUUGGCACUGGCCAGCCUGCACCCACGGCCCCGAGGCCGCCUGGAGAUAAGAAGGAGCCGGCGGCCGCCCCGGACUCGGUGCGGAAAAUGCCUCAGCUGACUGCCAGCGCCAUGCUGAGCCCGCAAGGUGACGAGAGCCCUCGGGGCGGCGGACUCCCGUCGGCCUCUGCCCCGGCCGCUCCUGACAGCAGGCCGCUGCCUCGCGUGCACCGGGCGCGGGGAGCGCCUCGGCAACAAGGCCCCGGCACUGGCACCCGCGACGUUUUCCAAAAGAGCCGCUUCGCCCCCCGCGGCGCCCCCCACUUCCGGUUCAUCAUCGCGGGGCGGCAGGCGGGGAGGCGCUGCCGAGGCCGCCUCUUCCAGACUGCCUUCCCCGCGCCGUACGGGCCCAGCCCGGCGUCCCGCUACGUGCAGAAGCUGCCCAUGAUCGGUCGCACCGGCCGCCCUGCCCGCCGCUGGGCGCUCUCGGAUUACUCGCUGUAUUUGCCGCUCUGAGGCAGGAGCCGCCUCUAAAUAAAUCCCUUCCGGAAGUGA